GACGUUUGUUGUACUGACACGGCGACUGAAUGAACUCCGCCAUCUACAAUGGACCGAUGGUUGAUGUUUUUAAUAUUUUAGUUUCUUGGUUACAUUAGUUUGUUAAUUAAAAAUAUGUAAUUACGUUUAAGUGAGAUUAAUAAUGAUUUUAUAAAUAAAUAAAGAUUAUAGUUAUAACAAUUUUUGUGUUUAUUGUGUAAAUACUUGCGAAUGCAUUUUUAUUUAAUCAAGGAAUUUCUCAUAUGUAAAAGCGAAGAUGUCUUCUAAAAGUGAAUUAAAAAAAUUAUCUGAAGAAAGUUUAACUAGACAACCUGAAGAAGUUUUUGACAUUAUUUGUAAACUUGGAGAAGGGAGUUAUGGAUCAGUUUAUAAAGCUUUACACAAAGAAAGUGGACAAGUGCUCGCAAUUAAACAGGUUCCAGUUGAUACUGAUUUACAAGAAAUUAUAAAAGAAAUUUCAAUUAUGCAACAAUGUGAUUCCCCAUAUGUUGUAAAAUAUUAUGGAAGUUAUUUUAAAAAUACAGACCUUUGGAUCGUUAUGGAAUAUUGUGGAGCUGGCUCUGUGAGUGAUAUCAUGAGGUUAAGAAAGAAAACUUUACAAGAAGAUGAAAUUGCUACAAUUCUUUGUGACACAUUAAAAGGCUUGGAAUAUCUUCACUUACGACGAAAAAUACACAGAGACAUUAAAGCUGGAAAUAUUUUGCUUAAUAAUGAAGGGCAUGCAAAGUUAGCUGAUUUUGGUGUUGCUGGUCAACUUACGGAUACAAUGGCUAAAAGAAAUACUGUUAUUGGCACACCAUUUUGGAUGGCACCUGAAGUAAUUCAAGAAAUUGGUUAUGAUUGUGUGGCUGACAUCUGGUCUUUAGGUAUCACAGCUCUUGAAAUGGCAGAAGGAAAACCUCCGUAUGGGGAUAUUCAUCCUAUGAGAGCAAUAUUCAUGAUACCAACAAAGCCACCACCAAGUUUUAGAGAACCAGAUCAAUGGAGUCCAGAAUUCAUUGAUUUCGUUAGUGUAUGUCUCGUAAAAAAUCCUGAAGAACGUGCCACUGCUACAGAACUAUUAAAUCAUGAAUUUAUUGGUGCAGCUAAACAGCCUAAUAUUCUUAGUCAAAUGAUUGCAGAGGCACAUGAAAUUAGAGAAAAACAAAGUGCUCAUCGUACACAUAUUAUUAAUAACGUGGCCAUAAAAAGUCAAAAUAAUAUAGAUGACUCAGAUGAAGAAGACUGUAGCGGAACAAUGAAACCAUUACCAGAAGAUCCAGGAACCUUAGUUCCAAGUCAUGACCUGCCUGAUACGGGAACAUUAGUUUCGGCAAUUUUAGAUCUGGGCACUAUGGUUAUAAAUAGUGAUACUGAUACAGAAGCAACAAUGAAAAGGCACAAUACAGGUUCAGUAGAGUCAGGAAAGAAAUAUCGGCCAUUAUUUCUUGAUCAUUUCGAUAAAAAAGAAGCACCAGAAAUUGUCAAAGGGAAUGGUCAAGUAAUGCACAAUACAGAAACUGAAAAUAAGAUAGAUGUGCAGAUACCUACAGAAUCUCAGAGGUUUCAAAGUCACUUACAGCUUCAGCUCAAUCAAAUUUCUCAUCCAAUGCCUGAUCAACCACAUAAUAAUGUUUCUAAAUUCCAAAAUGCUUUUACUGAACGUGACUUUGACUUUAUAAACAACCGUAUGAUGCAGUUAAAAUUCCUGUCAUAUGAAGAACUUCAGCAACGUAUGGCUAAUUUGGAUGCUGAAAUGGAACGUGAGAUUGAUGAGCUUCGAAGGAGGUAUCAAACAAAGAGACAACCAAUUCUCGAUGCCAUGGAUACAAAAAGAAAACGUCAACAAAACUUCUAACGGUUCGGUAAUUUUUAUACGUAAGUUAGGAGUGUGAUAGAUAACAGGUGUACAGUUGUAUAAAUUUAUAAAUUUUAUGCUAUAACCAUUAUUGUGAGUUUAAUUAAAAAAAAA